AUGUCCUCGCACCCAUGGGCACCAUCUCUGUGGGGUGUUGACUGCCCUAGCCCUUUUGUCGACUCAAACGGAAAAUGGUGGCUCAUAUUUGGGUCUUUCUGGUCUGAAAGAAAGCCCAUCAAGAAGAACAACCUCAUCUCCAUCGCCUCUCGUCCUCAGAAUGGUGGAGCUAUUGAGGCCCCUUAUAUCACCAAGCACGGCGACUUUUAUUAUCUCUGGGCGGCUUUUGAUAACUGCUGUGAGGGAACCGCGAGUACUUAUCGUACCAUGGUUGGCCGCGCUUCAAAGGUCACAGGCCCCUAUGUCGACAGCAUUGGAAAGUCCAUGAUGCAAGGCGGCGGAAACCAACUUCUCGAUAGUCACGGCAACAUCCACGGACCUGGCCACCCUGCUGUUUUCACCGAUAAGGAAGGCGAUGUGUUGGUCUACCAUUAUUACAAUGCCGCUGGUGUUGCCCAGCUUGGCCUCAACAAGAUCCGUUAUGUUAACGGCUGGCCCACUGUUCGCUAA